AUGGAAAAGCAGGAGAGCGGCAUGGGCAGACAGAACCCGCCCAGACUAGUGGACUUGGCCACUCAGAGCCUUUUAGAGGAUGAAGCCACUGCCAUGGCCGGCCUGCAGUCACUUCCCAGGGACAGCUUUCCACCCCUGUUCUUCUUGGCUGUUGCGAGGAGAUGCUGCAGGACGGUUCAGGCGAUGGUGGAGGCCUGGCCGUUCCCCUACCUCCCCCUGGGGGCUCUGCUGGAAGCUCUGCAGUGUGAUCAGGACAUCUUGAAGGCGACCCUCAAUGGCAUCGAUGCGCUGCUUGCCCGUGAUUUUCGACCUACACGUUGGAAACUCCAAGUGCUGGACCUCAGAAGCAACGCUGAGACCAACUUCUGGCACGUGUGGGCUGGGCUGGGGGACGGGAUCUCAGCGAGCCCCUCACGGGAGAGUGGGGCUGCGCAGCCCAGCCCAGAGAGGCACCGAGUGGGGCCCUCCAGCACAGGGGAGAAGAAGCAGUGCUCCUCUGAAGCGGGAGUGCUGGUGCUGCUGUCGGACCUGUGCUUCACGAAGCCCUCUUCAGAUGAAUUGCUCACUUUCCUUGUGAAGAGGGUCGAGGAGAAGAAACCACUACCCCAACUGUGCUGUCGGAGGCUAGAGUUUCUUGCUGAGCCAUUGAGAUUUCACAUUGUCAAUAAUAUCUUUGAUAACAUACACCUAGACUGUGUGGAGGAGGUAGAAGUCAGCUGCCACUGGCAAUUGGAUCACAAGGCUAAAUUUACUCAAUACCUGGGGAAGAUGGUUCAUCUGAACAGCUUGUACUUUGGUCGAGAUUUUCUUGACCACUGGACCCACUGGGACGCAACAGUGGUAACGAGCCUGUUUGCUCAAUUCUCCAUCGCGUUCUUACACCUGCAGCAUCUCCGCCACCUCCACAUACACUUAACCAGCUCUCUUCUCAGCAAAUUGCAUCAGGUCUUCAGGUACCUGGAGGCCCCACUAGAGAGCCUGUACAUUACUGAUUCUUGUAUGACAGGAUCUGACUUGGAAUACUUGUCCAGGUGUUCGAGCACCUGCCGCCUGAGUAGGCUGCAUCUCAGAAAUGUGCAGAUCGUAGGCAUAGCUGCUGUGUUCCUCAACAUUCUGCUGGAGAGAAUCUCAGGCACCCUGAAAGAACUGGACUUGAGCGGCUGUGGCAUGACUGACGUCGAGUUCACAGCCCUCCUGCCUGCCCUGGGCCAAUGCUCCCAGCUCGAUUUACUCAGGUUCAGUGGAAACUCGCUCUCGAUAGACGUCCUGGAGAGCCUGCUGCUGCACACCCUCCCUCAGAACAAUAUCACGAUGCUGGAGGUGCCGUUCCCGUGGGAGUGCUGUGGCAAGCGCCUCCGGAGAGCCCUGUGUGGAGCUGCUGUGUACCCGCUGCAACGGAAGUGGACGUGUCAGGGAGCUGGGGUCCACCUGUCUUCCUACAUUGAGGAGGGUCCGGGCGACGCCCUCUGGCCUCUGCCUGCAGCCCAGCCCAGGCCGCCUUCCUUAGGGCCUGUAGGGGUGCAGCCUCCCUCGGUGCUGGACUUCCGGGUUGUCCCCGACACGCCUGAGUGCUGCAUGGCCACCAAGGAAAUCCAGGAAAUCGACACUGGGAGACUUUCCCUGGGCUGGCAGCCCAACUGA